CGGCUUGGGGCGGCCUCGGCGGGGACAGGAGCUGCCGCUGGAGCCGAGGGCGUGUGUGAGGCGGGGGCCGCAGAGCGAGGAGCCGGGCCCGGGCCCUGCUCCCCUCCCCGCCCCGCCGGCCGGCCGCAGGGGCCGCGGGAGCAGCAGCCAUGGCCGCGGGCUGGUGAGGGCGGCCGGGCGCGAUGUUCGUGCAGGAGGAGAAGAUCUUCGCCGGGCGGGUGCUGAGGCUCCAUGUCUGCUCCAUGGAGGGCGCGGAGUGGCUGGAGGAGGUGCCCGAGGACACGACGGUGGAGAAGCUCAAGGAGCGGUGCUUGAAGCACUGUGUACCUGGGAGCUUAGAGGAUCCAAAAAGCAUAACACAUCAUAAAUUGAUCCAUGCUACUUCAGAGAAGGUGCUGACAGAUACAAAAACGGUCUUGGAGGAAAACAUUCAAGAUAAAGAUGUCUUGUUGUUGGUAAAGAAGCGAGCUCCCCCUCCGCCUCCCAAAAUGGCAGAAGUAUCAGCAGAGGAAAAAAGGAAGCAGGAACAGAAAGCUCCUGAUAAGGAUGCUAUUCUCAAAGCAACAGCAAAUAUGCCCUCUCGCAAUGUAGAUCGCACUGUGGCCCACCACAACAUGAGGGAUUUCCAGACAGAGCUUCGGAAGAUCUUAGUUUCACUUAUAGAAGUUGCACAGAAAUUGCUAGCACUGAACCCAGAUGCAGUUGAACUAUUUAAGAAGGCAAAUGCCAUGUUGGAUGAGGACGAGGAAGACAGAGUGGAUGAAAUAGCCCUGCGCCAGCUUACAGAAAUGGGGUUUCCAGAGAGCCGAGCUGUCAAAGCCCUUCGGUUAAACCAUAUGUCAGUGACGCAGGCCAUGGAGUGGUUGAUAGAACACGCGGAUGACCCCACGGUUGAUGCACCGCUUCCAGGUCAAACCUCAUUAGAAGCUGCCUCUGAAGUGGGUGCUUCCUCUGCUGGAGCAAUUGCUGGUCCCAGUUUGGAAGCUGGUGGGGAAGAGCCCAAGGAUGAGCUGACUGAAAUAUUCAAGAAGAUCCGCAGGAAAAGAGAAUUUCGUCCUGACCCACGAGCUGUCAUUGCCUUGAUGGAAAUGGGCUUUGAUGAAAAAGAAGUGAUAGAUGCACUCAGAGUAAACAACAACCAGCAAACCGCAGCUUGUGAAUGGCUGCUGGGAGACCGAAAGCCAUCUCCAGAGGAUUUAGAUAAGGGAAUUGACACCACUAGCCCUCUCUUUCAAGCCAUCCUAGAAAACCCAGUGGUACAGUUAGGGCUAACGAACCCUAAAACGCUGUUAGCCUUUGAAGAUAUGCUUGAAAACCCCUUAAACAGCACUCAGUGGAUGAACGAUCCAGAGACUGGACCUGUCAUGCUACAGAUCUCUCGAAUCUUCCAGACGCUGAACCGCACGUAGAGGGGAAUGCCGAUCCACUGUGCCACUUCUUGCUGUCUCUAGCUUCAUGUUUCCUGAACAAGAGGAAACAGAUUUUUGGUGGGGGUGGAAGGAAAAUGAAAGGAGGUCUGAGGGAAGAAGGUAGCGGAGGAAGCAAAAUAUCUUUUUGUUGUUUGGAUAGGCACCUCUCAAAUAAGAGUGUGUGUAGUUAUAGCCAUCCUGAAGUUAAUAGCCUUGUGAAUUUAAUGUUAGAGGUAGAGGUUUGAAGACUUGUUCUGGGGUUUGUUUGUUUUUUUUUGCUUUCAGGUGGUAGGUUGAAAAUGAAAUAUAUAUCCAAAUACAGGAACAAACUUUGUGAACACAACUGAGCAUCUGAUUGGCGAAGAAAGUAAUAUGAUGACAUUGCCUCAUGUUUCAAUCUUCUUGCUCAAAAGGCCUAGGACAGCAGUUUUACUAGCCGGUGGUUGUAGCAUCUGGCUAGUGUUUACAAAAGGUCACUGACCACUAUCAUAGGAUAGUAAUCAUACUGUUCAUCUCUCUGCAGUGUUAAUUUAUGUCUAUAUCAAAAUACAAAAUGCUUUUUAAAUUGACACUUAGGAAUUUGUUUUUUAAAAUAAGUCCAAAUGUUGAGAGAACAUGCUUUUAUCCAGACUUGUCUGUCUUGCAUUCUGAUUUAAACAGAAUAAUUCAUAGAUGGAAUUUCUUUAAUUAAUAAAUAGCGUUAUUCUUUCCUAUUUAUUUGCUGAGUUAGUGUUGUUCCAGUCCUGCAGGACUCAUACGUUUGCAGCUCUCACUCAGCGAGAUUAAAGAUGCAGUAUCUCCUUUCACAAAAACGUAACUUGCCAUUCCAGCACUUUGGUUCUCAAGUGCUACAGUUCAGAGGUUUGUCCUGUUUUAACAGAUCUUAGUUUGAAAGGUGACUUGUUUCCAUGCAGUUUUCCAUUUCUAAAUGUAUACUUUAGGAAAAGAGUUCUGUGUUGCAGGCAUCUUUCUUUUCAAACUCUGCUUGCAAUGCCAAAAGCCACGAACUUACUUGGGUUUUAAUUGAAAGAUCACCUGCAAAAUGAAACAAGAAAUCACACAAAAAUAUUUAGGUUUGUGUCCUGUUUUUGCUGGCUUGCUUAUCUAAAACACACUUGAAAUUAUUGCCCUCUUCCAAAUAAGGAAUUUUCCCCUACUUGUUCUGUACCUUAGAAAUAUCAGCAAUGUCAAGUCUUGUCUUCCUUUGUCUUUAUUGGAAGACUCGCUGGAGGUCUCAGAUGUGUAUUGUGAGUUUUGUCAUCCUGCCAACUAAAGUACAAAGGGCUGAAUCUCACACACAGAUCUCUUCUUCCAACUGUUUAUGCUGCAGUUGAGUUACACAGGUCUUAACAACAUUUUUAAAUAGUUGGACUAAAAAUCAUUUCCCUUUUCAAUCAAGUUUCACUUGCUUGGUAUCUGCAGUGUAAUAAACAAGUCCUCCACUAGUCUAUAUAGUCUGCCAGGAAAGACAGGGUAAACAAGACCUGGAUUUCUAAUGUAAAAAGUAUGCUGAGAAAAUAACCCGUUUAAGCUUUCAUUACACACCAUAAAGGUGUGUAUGUGUUUUGCGAGAGAAUAUUCUGCAUAUCUCUGCAGGUCACCUGUUAAAGUGAUCUUACUGCGGGCUUUUAGAUUCAGACCUAAACCACACAACAAGUUUUGGCCUGAUCUUGGCAUCUGAACUGUAAUAUUAUGCAGCUGAGACACAGAAGUUGCCAAUUUCACAUAAUUAAUGUGAUGGGUGGGGAAUUCAGUCACUCAGAUCUUAUCUUUACGUACUAUCCCAGUUUCAUUUUUGGCUUUUGUAAUAUCCCAUUAACAGCCUAUUGCACUUAAACAGAUUUCUGUAAGGCGCUUAGAUUUCCAAAUUCAAAAGUAACCAUUUCCAGCACCCCCAUUUUUCUUUCAACCCAUUCUUGGCAUCAUCUAAACUUAAUUGCAGUUUUGGUUUUAAAAACGGAGUCAGAUCCUUCAACUCAAUAAUUACUCAAAUUAGUCCUAUUUGAUUUCAGUGCAACUGCUUACGUGAGUAAGGGUUAUCGAUAUGAUAUUAAGAAUAAUAUUUAAACAAGUUUCCUGAUGCUAAAGAAUUUCAGUUGUUGGUUCGAUUAGUCUUUCUGUUUUGCAAUGGUUUCCUUGAAAUACUACCUGAGGAUGUUAUUACUUGAAGCUCUAAGCAUUUGAGGCACUGAAAUGUAUGGUAUUCCCUCUUCCAUCCAAGUUCUUGUAAAUAAUCAGUGCUUGUUUCUACAGGACAGUAUUAGGUAGAACCAUCAUGUGAUUAUGCUGAUUUCCUUACUAAACAAGAAUUGUUCCAGACUGUGGUUCUGAAUGUAUUGGACGCAAGUUGUGACAGCAGCAUGUCCUGUAAGAACUUAUGGUCUGAUCAUGUUCCCAUUAAGUCGUGUCCAAGCUCCCAUUAACUUCCCAUGCUGUAAGAUCAGACACUUUAAAGUAAUUUAUAAACAGAGAUUCCACAAAGAACUCGCAUACUGUUUUUAUCUACAUAUCCUUCAUACUUCAGCCUUCUCUUUCAAGGAGCAGAAUGGUUCACUUUUAAACUGUGUAAGUUCUGCUGCUUGUGCACCUCUGCAUAUCCCCAUGGCAAUGGACUUGAGGUAGAUUGCAUGGUUUCAUCACUGUCUGUUACUGAACAGGGUGUAUUUGUUUCUAUGUCAGGCUUAUCUAGGUGACACAAGUAAAUCAAAACUGCACCCCUUGGCAUGUCAGAACAGGUUCAACACAUCUUUUAAAAUAGUUUUCAGUAUAAUUGCAGUAGAGAAAGUGAAAUAAAUGCAGACAGGAAUGCCCUGUGUAUCUGCUUUCCUAAUAAAACUAAUAUGGCAACUAUAGUUUAAGAAACCUUGUGAUUAAAGGAAUACUGCAUCUUUAAAAAACCUAAAAAGUUUGAGGAUAUGCAGUUUUAGACCCUAUUAUUUUAGAGCUUUACACCUGUACUGUAUAAGUGUAAAAGGAGAGAGGCUGGUUAUCAUUAUAAAGUGUCCUCCAGCCUUGGUUUUUUCCUAUGGCUUUUUUAUUUUUAAACGCUGCUUGUCUUUUGAGAACACAAGUUUCCAGUGGCCAAUAUCUGGGAUUAGUGGAAGGUGAUAUGGAUUUAAUCUUUUUCAGCAAGAUUUAGGAGUGAAUAAAGAUGUACUUAACAAUGUCAAUUCAAAUGUAAUGUAGAAUGCCACUUAUUGAAUCAGUUGAUUCAGCUCAUUAAUAUGAAUGUCUGACACUAAUACAUGCUGUGUGCUGCCAGUGACUCUGGAGCUUAGAAGUCCAGUGGCACGUCCUGUGAGCUGGAUGGGUUGCUACUCCAACCAGGUUACUAUUGCUUUUUAAGUCUGUUGUGGUUGCAGUUGUGGCAAUUCUCCUGUGCUUUCUAGAAUUCUGAAAGCCUAAAGAUCCCUACAGUGACUAUUAGGCUGGGAUUCAUCAUUUGCAGGGGCUGGUCUCCAGGUAGUGUAAUGAUGAAAGGAUUGUGGGUUCAAACCUGAAAAACCACCAGAGUCAUGGGAGUAGACACUUUUUAAAAAUCAAUGGGAUUACUUGUGUGAGUAAGGAUUUGCAGGUUUGAGCCGUGUGCUUGCAUGCCUAAAGUCCCGAUUAAAGCUAGCAAAGAGAUUAGCAGUGGUGCUGGCUUCAUUGCAAAGUGUCUCAUUGCAUCAUCAGAACUAGGUCAAGGGAAAAAGUGGAAGAUAGAUAAAACCAAGGAAAAAUGAGGAAAUGGGCCAGGUAGGUGGAUUACCUGCUGCAAUAUUGACUGCUUAUAAUUGUUCUUCUGCUAGGUCUAUACUUGCCCCAUCAGUUGACAGAGACAAUCUCUUACCUUUUGAUAUGUGUGACUCUUGAAAGCUAGCUAGCUAUUUAUUUAAAUAGAUAUAUAUGUAACUUAUAAUUUUGUCAUCACAAAGCUUUGAUAUUUUUAAUAGAAAUGUUCUAUAUAGAAGUUUGUUCUCAGGGCUUCAUAUUUAUACUAUCUUUACAGGGCGAUGCAUUAAAGUGAUGUAUUGGGGUGGAGGGGGGAGCCAGUUGCCACUUUGCAACUUAAACGUUGGUUAUUCUUGACCUGUGAGACCGAGCUAGCAUGAGACUCCUCUGAGCCACCGUAAUAGGCAAGUCCAAAGAAUCCACCACUGUUUCUUCUUCAGUCUCUUGAGGGUGGUGGAAAUGGUCACACAAGAAUACACAGCUGCUUUGCACAUCGUUGCCCUUUACACAGUUCCAAGGACACUUCUGCUUUGUGUGUAUCGAUGGAAGUGGAAAGCUGAUUCACGCAGAUUCUAGUACAGUAGUCACUACUCCUGCACUCUGCUAGGAAUGCAAGAACACAUGGCUGCAAGAGUUCUUCAGUUUCCAGACAUUUGGCCACUUGCAGCCUGUCACAAUUGUUCCCCAGAACCUUUGACCCCAUUUUGCCUGGAGCCAAACUUGACUACUUGGGGUGGUUCUUGGUAUCUGAGAAAUGGUUGUGUUUAUUCAAAUGCUUUUUAGUUGGAGCAAGUUGCAGUCUUCUGGCAUCAUGAUCCAUGGGCUGAGAAUGAUGAUCGUAUUCUAUCACUGUCAGCAUAUCUUGCCUAUUGAGCAGGCACAUAAAUUGUUCCCAGUAGUCUGAGGUUCAAAAGUAGUAUGUACAGGAUAGUAAGAGUGUUCUCCAAAGGAAAUACCUCAUUUUUCUGCUAAUUAGAGUGGCAUUUUUUAUCAGUUGUUAAUAUUUACUCUUAGGACUUUAUAAAGAGCUGAUGGAAUAACUGCAUCCACAGCUGGACAUUUACAUCCACAGGUAUAUUGGAUAAGAUCAUUUAAAAGGGAUAUAAAUCCUCAUGUUUCGGGGCAUAACCCAGCCACUAACUGCAUCUUCAUUGAUGGGCAGAUUAUUCCUCUGAAGCAUUUGGUGCUGGCCAUUGUUAGACUCGCUAGCAGACUAGCUCAACCACUAGUCUGAGCCAGGAUGGCAGAUCCUAUGGGGAAAAAAACAAGCAGUGCAUAAGUUUACAUGUACAUGGUUUAAAAAGUCAUGUUCACUUGCAGCCCAACCUUUUGUCAUAACAGAAGGCAUGUGUUGAACAUGUGGCGUACCUUUUGCUCUAGGCUUAAAGAACUUACAUGCAGAUCCCUGUUUGAAGCUUACAAACUUUAAUAAAUGUAAAAGCAUUAAAUUCUUAUUGAAUUUGGUUAUAGUUUUUUAUAUAUAUAAUCAUGUUCUGGACAGGGGAAAAAUUGUGCUAACAUUUUAAACUAAAAACCUACCAAAUGUGUGUUGUCUUGUUGCAGCAGGUAAGAAAGGCGUGUAGACCUUUAUUAAUUUGCAAGUUUAUUUUUAUUAUAGUUUAAUGAACUAUAGAAUGUGAUUUGCCAUACAGCACUGACCACAAAGUAGCACUAGUGAAGUUAUACUGUAAGGUACUAUGACUUAACACUUUUCAUUUCAUCUGUGUAUAGAAUGGGUACAGUACAUAGUUUUUAUAUGGAAUUGACACUGAUGUGUGGCAUGCACAGUUGUUUUUAAGAUGUAAUGUUACUUUUAUGAAGUUUAACUUGGGU